AUGCUAGUAGCAAUCACAGGGAACGGUAAGUUUGGUGCUGAACAUGUUAGAGACAUUUUUAUCAAAAAUCAUGAAUUUAAAAGCUUGGAAGAGGAUGAUUUUGAGACUAAUGAUGAGAUCCUAGAAUAUGCCACAAAGCAUUAUAAAGAAAAUUUGAUUAUGCUAACUAAUGACCUAUACCUUAUAACAGUAUUAGAAAAGAGACCGUUUUUCGUACACUUGACUGUUAAUUCAUCUUUGGCUUUGAAGAGGGCAAUAAUAUCAAAAACCAGCAAAGAUCUUAGCCCAGAAGAUGCCUUAGCAGCUAUUAUGAAUGAAAUGAGUCUUGAAGAAUCUAAUCACGAGUAUCUUGAACUAUACGAGAAAGCACAUAUCAAAUUUAAGCUUGUCGGAAAAGAUUGGGCUACCGUUGAAAAAAGAUUAAUCAAAGUUGUCAAAGAACAAAUUGAACAAUUACAAGUGAAAAAGAAUCCUUUUGAAAAUGUUCCGCCGUUAAGACCUAGUUGGGAUACUUAUUUCAUGAAAUUAGCAACAUUAGCAGCUACACGCUCCAAUUGUAUGAAAAGGAAAGUUGGCUGUGUCAUUGUAAGAGAUCACAGAGUUAUUGCUACAGGAUACAACGGUACGCCACGUCAUUUAACCAAUUGUUUCAACGGCGGCUGUGAUCGUUGUAAUGACGGUGGUUCGAAAAACUUGAAUACAUGUUUGUGUCUUCAUGCAGAAGAGAAUGCAUUGUUAGAAGCAGGUAGAGAUCGUGUCGGUUUUAAUGCGACAUUAUAUUGUGACACCUGCCCAUGUUUAACAUGUUCCGUUAAGAUUGUUCAAUCUGGAAUUACCGAAGUCGUAUAUAGUCAAACAUAUCGUAUGGAUGAACAAAGUUACAAAGUCUUGACGGCUGCUGGUAUUAAUGUGAGACAAUAUAGUUUCAUCGAAGAACCACGACUUGUUAUUGUUUAA